AUGACGCACCUGCAAGUUGCUGAAGGUAUCAAAUACCAGCGGGUGAACAAGUUCCAGGCCUUGGCGAAGGCUCGCGCAGAUGGAUACACACCAGCUGUUUUGGAGCUGCUUGGCAUAUUCAUCAUGGAGUUUCCAACUCAUCCGACGAUAGAGCCGGCGGUGACUGACUUGACCAUCCACUCCAAAGACUGGAUACUCGACCGGUCAACUAGACAGGAACCCUCCGCAAGGUCGCUCAUCGCAUCGGAGGCGCAGGAUACUACGGUUGGUAGGCCUGUUAAGAAGCCAAGGAAGCCAACGACCCGCGCUUUGGCUUCCCAGCUUCCUCCGCAUGCCGAGCCGAGAGAAGAUCCCACCCACGCCGAUGAGCCAGCGGAGGUCGACGAGGGUCUCUUGGGGUUUGAUGCUGGAGGCUUAACUAACCAACACGGCUGUCCGUCAAUGCCGCCUCCGCUGCCAGCAAACAACCUCUACCUCACUGAAGAUGAAAUUAAACGCCAUCUUUCGAACCUGCUUGCCUCGCUGUUCAACGCGCUGAAACUAACGAACAACAUCCUCAAGGAUUCGUGUGAACGGAUCCUCACACAUAUCACCUACAAGUGCCCCAAGGCGUCGAAACCGAGAUAUGUGAGCUUCCCCGGGAUUUCUGUGGUGCAGUGUUUACCGCGUGACGAAGUCGACAAACUUACUAGCCAGUUGCAAGAAGCGGGAGUCAAGUGGCUUAAGACGGCGGAGGGCCUUCUCGCUCACAAGGAUCACAAGGACGACUGCUUGGCCAACUGUACGGUGGAGGAUCUCGAGCAGCUCAGAACGGAUGGCUGGGAAAUCCUUGGGAGUGUCGAGAACAUGUUGCCGCAGAAGGACUUAAGGAAGCAAAUCAGGUGA